GCUGCUCUGGUGGUGAGCCUCAUCGGCAGCCACGAGCCCACGACCCAAAAGAGCCUAGCUUCUUACUCCAGGAAGCUAAGCUUUAGUGUCGAGCAGCAAGCAGCGGAAGAGAGAAGAUGAAGAGCCGCACGCGCGCUCUGCUGGCGCUCCUGGUUCUCCAGGCCGUCCUGGUCUCUGCGACCAUGGCGGACUCCAACGGCGUGGGCGCGAGCGCGAAGAAGGCGUGCUGCUCCUCCUGCACCAGCUGGUCGGGCGUUUACACCUGCGACGACCUGCUCACCAAGUGCGCCGCCACCUGCAAGAACUGCGCCGCCGUGCCCACGGACAAGGGCACCCGCUACAGGUGCCGCGACUUCCUUCCCGAAGGCUGCCCCUGCAAGGCCAACUGAUCAUCAGAUCGAGCGUGAGCGUACAUCGCCGAGCGACGCAUGCUCCGUCCACGUUGCAAAGACGACAUCAAUAAUCCGUUGCUGUUUGCCAUGUCUACGCAUGUGUCUCGUCCCAGUCGAGACGGAGAAUAAAGUUAAGCCAGGCGGACUAGCCUGUUAAUCAGUAUACUGUUGGUGACUUCGUUCUCAGUACUAUUAAUUUGUGAAUGCUUUAACGAACAA